AGUCUCACUGGUUUCGUCUCGUUAGGGUUUUCGUCCAUGGAUUCUGAUUCUGGAGUGGCAGCGGAGGAGAUCAAGAACGCGGUCGGCGGAUCUGGUGCCGGCGACGCUGAGCGAGAAGUCGACGAGCAGAAGGGCGAGGAUGGCUCGCCGGGUGGGGCCGGAGGUGACGAAGAGGACAAGAAGGUAGAGGAAGAAGGUGGCGAUGGGGCGGCCGAGGUGGCGAAGGGGGGUAAGCGGAAACGAGGGAGAGGAAGAAUUGCGCGGGAGAAGAGCGGGGAGGGGGAGGAGGAAGGGACGGCGAAGAGAAAGCGUCGGUCGGUUGCGAAGGAAGCGGCCACGCCGGUGGAGAGGCCGUCGAGGGAACGUAAAAGGGUCGAAAGGUUCGCUGCGAUGUCUCCGCGCAAAACCUCGGUGCCGAAGACACCGUCGUUCGAGCAGGGCUCUGGCCAGAAGCUGAAAGACAUACCAAAUGUUUCAUUCAAGCUGUCUAAACGAAAAGCGGAUGAGAAUCUUCGAGCUCUUCACUCCCUUCUCUUUGGAAGGAAAUCGACUGUACAUUAUCUUAAGAGAAAUAUCUUGCAGUUCUCUGGAUACGUUUGGAGUCAAAAUGAGGAAAAACAGAGAAUAAGGGUGAAAGAAAAACUUGACAAGUAUAAUAAGGAAAGAUUGCUUGAUUUCUGUGAUCUACUUGAUAUUCAUGCAGUAAAGACCACUACCAAAAAGGAAGAAAUUGUAUCAAAUUUAAUGGAAUUUUUGGAGUCGCCUUGUAUUACUAGAGAUGUAAUACUAACAGAAAAGAAAGGGAAGAGGGGGAGGCAGUCAAAAGGAACGUCUGGAGAAAUACCUUCAGAAAAAAGUACUAAGAAACUAAGAACGAGUAACCAACAAUCCACUGCAGAUGAGAAUGGUGACAAUGAAGAGAACGUUGCUGGUGAUGCAAAGGAUGAGAUGCAUGACGGCGAAGAUGAUGGGGAGUCUCAAGAAGAGAGUGAUCAUGGUAAGAGUGAAGAAGAGGAAGAACAAGAUGAGCGUGCUCCAACCAAUAAAAGUUCUGUUGCUAAGCGAACAAAGAAGAACAUUGCACCAUCUGAAGAGAAGAGCAAAGUUACUCCUGUCAAACAGAUGGCUUCCGGUAAACGUUCUUCAGAAGAUGAUUUAGAUGUAUCUAGUGAAGAUGAUCCAAGUUCACCCCCAGAAAGCAAAAAAGAUUCCAAUAGGGAGAUGAAUGAACCAGAAAGGAAGGUCUCAGCAAAAGAAAAAAGGUCAAGACGAAAUAAGUCUGCUAGAGGCACUAAAAGUACCUCUACAUCUUCUGCUAAAAAAAGUGAUUCUUUGGAUGAUAGUGAGUCUGAACCACCUCCAGACUCAAAAAGCAAAAAAGUAGGUAGAAAAGGCCGGACUAAGGAGAAAACUCCAUCCAAGAAGGAAGCAACUGGCAAGACAAAAAUAUCCAAAUCAGAGUCAAAGGAAACAGCAAAUAAAAAACGAGGAAAAUCUAAGCUAAGUGAGGCUAAGAAGAAUGAACCCAGCACUGAGGAAUUGCAUUCUGUUGUUAGUAAGAUAUUAAAAGAAGUGGAUUUCAACACUGCAACUUUGGCUGAUAUUUUGCGGCAGUUAGGGGCUCACUUCAACACCAAUCUGAUGGAUAGAAAUGCCGAGGUGAAGCGCAUAAUUGAAGAUGUCAUCAAUAACAUGACUGAUGAGGAGGAUGAAGAAGGCGCAGAAGACGAUGCUGAGAAUGAUGAUGAUGCUGAUGAUGCAAAAGAAGAUUCUGAUAGAGAUGAUCAAAAGUAACCCCUGGAGUGAUGUGUAUCUGUAGCUUACUUUUAGCGUGAUGGUGCUCUCUCCUCUCAUCGGAGUGACUCCCGAAGACCUAACCAUUUGACAAAUAUAUAUCUGCUCGGCUGAAGUUAAAAUCAUGUUGUUUGACUAGUUCAUGUACAAUAGCCUUGUCUUUUACUAAAAUGUUUUGGUAGCUAGAUACUUCUGACUUAAACAUGCAAUAAUUAGGCUUAUGUUGUCUUUCCCCUUUUAACUAUCAGUGAAAGACCUCUCUACUUCUCAUGUUUGUUGCAGUCUUGGCUUCAUGUACUUCUGCAAUGUAACAUUCAGCCUUUUUACAUGAAGCAAGGAAGAUGUUGUAGUGAUUCUUUGGAUUCCAA